GGGCAACAGAGGAGCAACACCACUGCCCCAACCAUGCUAAUGAACUACUUCUCAUCCCAUGGAUAAGGCUUACUGCUUGAUAAGUUCUAGAAUGGAUCAGCUGGGUGUAUAAAGGGUGUGAGUGAUGCUCCACAGCGGAACAAAGUCUGAUUGUCCAGAGCAAUCCUUCCCACUAUGACGCAGCCUUCCUGAACUGUUUGGGGGAAAAUAUUGCUGCCCUUUUGUGUGGUGAGGCUAAGUCAUUAAACCUGACUUAGUAAUUGUAAUUAGACAGAGAUUGGAUUAAAUUAUCCAGUCAGGGGAAAACCAAGAGAGGAAACAGGUUUCCCCCCCCUAGUACCACUCUCGGGCCAUUCUGAAGUCAUGGCUGACCACAACAAGGUAUUACCGCGUCCUCUUUUCCGCCGAGAUGCAAACUGGGAUCCUUUCCGUGAGUGGACACGGCCUAGCCGCAUGAUCAUGGAGCAGGACUUUGGCCUCCCUCCUUUCCUGGAUCCAGGCGAUGUGAGCUGGAUAGACUGGGCUAGGAGGAGACUGGCAUCAUCCUCCUGGCCAGGGUACACACGCCAUGGCACUGCUCCCCCUGCUGCAGUGGCACCCCAGACCUCAGCCAGACUUCAGAGACAACUGUCUGGAGGAGUGUCAGAGAUCAGGACAGGACAGGACAGCUGGAGGAUCACACUGGAUGUCAAUCACUUCUCACCAGAGGAGAUAUCAAUCAAAACCAAGGGGGGCUUCCUGGAGAUUACAGGUACGAACGUUAUUUCUCUGAUCUGAGACAGCAGAAUAUGGUGGCAGUUUGAACAUUCAUUGUUACUUAAAAGGUUUGACAAUUAACUGUUGAAAUAUUUUAUAGCGGUCUCAAGUCCACACUACUUCAAUUAUUGUCUCAACUUAUAUUUUAAGGUCAACAUGAAGAAAGGGAGGACGAACAUGGAUCAGUCUCAAGGUGCUUUACAAGAAAAUACAAGUAAGUUGUAAUGGUGGAAUAGAAAAUAAGGUCCCUCACAAUGCUAUGACAAAGACAUACCGGCAAUGAAACUAAGAACUCAAAAAAUAAUGUGUGGAAUUGAAAGUCUUUGCUGUUGAUUGCUAUAGGAAGACAUUCUAAAUAGUUUCCCACGGUUUACUUACAUUUGUAAAAACAGAUGACAAGCAGUCUAUUGUAUCACAGUAAACAAGUCCUUGCCUGUCUGUGUUGUAAACAGAUUAUUGUUGUUUGUUUGUUGAAGGCUGCCCCCUGGUGUGGACUUGCAGCACGUCAGCUCGUCUCUGUCUGGUGAAGGGGUUCUCUUAGUAGAAGCACCCCUCCCAGGCUCAACCACCACCAUCCUCCCCAGUGACAUGGUCAUCCCCAUUCAGAUCAAGCACAAGCAGGAAGGGAAAGAGUGAAUCCAGUUGACCAGAAGUCAUGAUCCAUUACAAUUAGAUGUAAAGCUUGGGGUAGAGCUUAAAAGUUGAUGUCGGUGUUGACAACUUUUGACAAAAAAUUUGAAUUAAGUCUUGGUCAUUUAAAAUGACAAAUGUAGUGGCUUCUAUAGCUAUUGAAACACCAUAACUUUAUUUACUCUCACUGUAACCACAAGCGUGGCAUGUUUUUCUAUGUAUUAUGUUAAAUCAUUUCCCACAAGGACUAGCAAAACCAAGAUAAACUGAAAAAUCAAGACUGUUGAAAUGUACUUUCUCAUUUGUCAAAUUAUAGAUAAUCUGGGAGGAAACAUGACCAUGCUUAAGAAUGCUGGAACAGUUCUGCAAAGCAUACUUUUCAACGUUAUUUAUUUCUAUGAAUAUAAUCUCUUUUGAAUCAAAGCAAUAAACAUUCCAUGGCAAAAUGACCCAUAUUGAGGGGGGCUGG